UCGGUUGAGAAUUGAAUGCAUACGAUGUUUCUACUUUGAUAAACGUUAGCCGGCAUUAAAAGUGCGCCCAAUAUCAUAUUAGUUUUAACUGACGAUCAGGAUAUUAUGCUAAAAGGACUUAGCCCAAUGACUAAAACGCUAAAGUUAAUAGCAAAUCAAGGAGCAACUUUCGUGAAUGCAUUCACGUCAUCACCCAUAUGCUGCCCUUCAAGAAGUUCCCUUCUUUCUGGUCAGUAUGCGCAUAAUAAUAAGGCAUUUAACAAUUCAAAAUCCGGAGGAUGCUUCGGCACACAUUGGCGCGAGACAGUAGAACCGGAAGCAUUUCCUGUCUUAUUGCAGAAACACGGCUAUAAAACAUUUUUUGCUGGAAAGUACUUAAAUGAAUACUAUUCUAAGGAAGUUCCUGUUGGUUGGAAUGAGUGGUACGGCUUGCAUGGCAAUUCUCGAUAUUUUAAUUACACUUUGAAUGAAAACGGAAAAGUUCUGUUUCACUUCGACGAAUAUUUAACUGAUCUUUUGAAAAAUCGUACCCUUCGUUUUCUACAGGAUAUUCAGGCGGAUACUCCAUUUUUUGCAAUGAUUGCACCUCCUGCUCCGCAUGAACCUUUCACCGCAGCACACAGACAUGAGAAUAUGUUUCCACAUGAGAAUGCUGUUAGAACUAAAAAUUUCAACGUUCCAUUUGGUCCACUAGAAAAACACUGGCUUUUAACAAUGCCGCCGUCACCUUUACCCGAACAAAUAGUAAAAGAGAUAGAUAUCAUUUAUCGAAAACGAUGGCAAUCACUGAUGGCUGUAGAUGAAAUGGUGGAUGCAAUAGUGACCCUUCUGGAAGAACGGGAGCUAAUGACCAACACAUAUUUCAUUUUUACUUCGGACAAUGGUUAUCAUAUGGGCCAAUUCAGUCAGCCGUACGAUAAACGUCAACCUUACGAAACUGAUAUAAGAGUUCCGUUUUUAAUUCGUGGUCCGAAAGUUGCACCGAAGAGUUUGGUUUCAUCUCCGAUAGCGCUUAUCGAUGUUGCACCAACCGUUUUGGAACUAGCCGGGAUCCCUGUACCGUCUAAGAUGGAUGGCGCGUCAUUUAUAUCCAAACUAAAUACUAUGGAAAUCCAUGAACGUCAGAUCUUGAUUGAAUAUUGGGGCGAAGGCAACUACGAAACGUACAAUCCAGAAUGCCCGUGGCAAAGGCAGGAUAAGCUCUCUCUUUGUUCAUCGAAUAUAGCUUGUCAUUGUCAGGAUUCCUGGAACAAUACCUUUAGUUGUGUUAGGCACUUGGGCCGAGAGGUUGAUAUGAUUUACUGCCAAUUUAAAGAUAAUGAGAAUUUCGUGGAAGCCUACGAUUUGACAACUGAUUCUUAUCAAAUAAAUAACAUUGCUUACGAAAUGCUACCGUCAAUAAGAGCACAUUACAGUUUGGUUCUAACAAAUUUAACCAAAUGUUCGGGUGAAACAUGUCGCCAAAUAUAUUAUUAG